GAAGGUUCUCUGGAUGUGCGUCAAUGAAAACAUCACCAACGCAGUAAGCUCCCCAGGAUUUUACCGAGGAGAAGAUCCUUUACAUUACUCCCUCCCUCUCCUCCUUCUCAACGUCUCCCUCAUCUUCAUCCUCUCCCGCUCCAUCCACCACCUUCUCAAGCAUUUCCAUCAAUCUCGUACCAUUUCUUAUAUCAUUACCGGCUUCCUUCUAGGCCCAUCGGUGAUUGGCCAAAGCAAGAGAUUCCGGCAAGAGUUAUUCCACCCAAAAGCCACCUUCCUUCUUGACACGCUCACUCUUCUCAGCCUCAUUCUUUACCUCUUCAACAUUAGCGUCAAAGCCGACCUCAUUGUAUUAAAGAAGCCUGGCAAGCUUGUGAUCUCCACCUUCAUCUUCGGCUCAUUAUUUCCAUUGAUCAUAUGUUCCUUUCUUUAUGUUUCUCUUAAAUCCUUUUUACCUUCAAACAUUAAAUCUCAUAAUCUUCUCCUCCUCCUUGCUUCCCGAUUUUCCCUCUCAUCGUUCCCGGUCCUCACUGACAUCCUCGAUGAGCUCGGUCUCCUCAACACCGAUGUUGGCCGCAUUGCCACCACCACCUCUCUUGUCACUGACAUUCUUAGCUGGUUCCUCAACGCCUUCAUCGCAGCUACACUGAUUGCCUCUAGAGUUGGGUCCAUUAUCAAGUGUGUAAUGGCCGUCGUCUCCUUAGGCAUUUAUCUUCUCAUUGUCAUCUUCAUUUUCCGGCCAUUGAUCAUUCGCAUUACCAAAAAAACUCCUGUCGGUGAGUUGAUCCCUGAAGGGUACUUUGUCGGCAUUGUGCUUCUGGCCUUAGCGACAUCUUUCUUUACUGAGCUUAGUGGCUACCAUGCUGCAUUUGGACCAAUGAUUUUAGGGUUAGCUUUGCCGGGAGGUAUGCCCUUGGGAGUGACAUUGAAGGAGAGGUUGGACUCUUUCAUGUCUGGCUUGUUCUUGCCUAUAUAUCUUGUGCUUGCUGGUUACCGGACUGAUUUCAGUAAGUUAAAGAAUGUCAUGGAGUGGGGUUAUCUUGAGCUCUUUGUCUUUGUUACUUUCUUGGGAAAGAUUGUAGGGUCAAUGGCAGCUCCUCUUUACUACAAGUGGCCUUGGAGGGAUGCCCUUUCUUUAGGGUUGAUGAUGAACUUGAAAGGGAUCAUUGAAGUCCAAUUUCUCAACAGUUGGGGGGAUACUGAGAUGGCAAACAACGAGCAAUUCUCCAUUUUGAUGUUAACAAUGACAGUGAACACAGCAGUACUAACACCACUGAUCAAGUACUUAUACAAGCCAACCAUGAAAUACAUAACAACAAAGCGAAGAACGGUGCAAGACUCAAAGCCAAACUCCGAGCUCCGGCUACUCAUCGCUGUCCACAACGAAGACAAUGUCUCUCCAAUCGUCGAGCUCCUCGAAGCCUCAAGCACCACUAAAGAAAGUCCUCUAAACAUCUAUCUCCUCCAUGUGAUGGAACUUGCCGGCAGAGCUGCCGCCGUUUUAGCCCCCCACAAAAAAAACAAGAAAAACCCUGGUAUGACUGCCUCCGAUCGCAUUGUGAACGCCUUUCGCUAUUUCGAAAGACAAAACACCGGUGCGGUCUUUGUCCACGCCUUCAUUGCUCUUGCGCCAAGUGCGACAAAACACAAUGAUGUUUGCGGUCUCGCACUCGAAAAAAAAGUUCAAUUAAUAAUUAUCCCCUUCCAUAAACAAUCCGAUGGAGCUCUAGCUAUGGCAAAUCAUACAUUCCAGAACAUGAAUCAAAAUGUGCUGACUUAUGCACCUUGCUCGGUUGCAAUUCUAGUUGAUCAUGGAAACUCCGGUGGUGCAACAUGUAGUCACACAAAUGCUUUGCUUCACCGUGUCGCCGUAUUUUUUCUCGGUGGUGCAGAUGAUAGAGAAGCCUUGGCUUAUGGGAAGAGAAUGGCAAUGAACAAGAAUGUUAAGCUUAGUGUGGUUAGGUUUGUAUCAAAGUUAGAAUUUAGGGAAUUGGAGGAUGAAGAGUGGAAGAAAGAUGGUGAGAUGGUUAGUGAGGUGAGAAGUAUGGAAAAUGUGGUUUAUAGGGAGGAGACAGUUGAGAAUGGUGAAGGGACGGUGGGAGUGAUAAGGAGAAUGAGUGACAAGUUUGAUCUUUUGAUAGUUGGGAGAAGGAAAGGGGAGGAGUCGGAGUUGACGAAAGGGUUGUCGGUUUGGAGUACUGAGUGUCCGGAGUUGGGGGUGAUCGGAGAUAUGUUAUCGUCGACGGAUUUUGGGGUGAAGGUGUCAAUAAUGGUUGUGCAACAGCAGAAAAGAGUUGAAGAUGAUAAGUUGGAUGUUACAGUGAGUUCCAUUAGUCCUAAGAAAAACAAGGAUGAGCAUUCAGAAGAGAGGGUGGAGGAGAAUGAUGGGCAAAAUGAUAAGUUGGAUAUCAAUGACUAUGAGUUGGGAAAAAUAAAUGAAAAUGGAGCAGUGAUCAGCGAUGAGAUUAGAGAGGAAAAUGGUGAACAGAAUGACAAAGUUGGAUGUUAAAGAGAGAUGUGAAGAUAGAGUGGAAGGGGAAAGCAACCAUAUAUAUAGAGAGAAAGAGAGGUCUAUAUGUGUAGUAGAGAAGUAGUGGUCUCUCAGAA